UGACAUAUCACAAACACAUCUUGUGGAUCAAACUGCGAGCAAGAACCGAGAUGGCAGCCGAGCGCGACAUUAAUGAUCAGCUCGAGGCGAUGGAUCGCGAGGAAAGCACGCUGAUCAAAGAGAUUCAUGCUGAAGAGACUGUCAAACUGGAUAUUCUAAAGAAUAAUUCGAAAAGAAGAAUUCGGGCCAUGCGGACAUUCCUGCGCAAUCGGAGGACAUCAUCACCGCAGCUGACCAUUGAAGAGCGUAUACAAAAGGAUAAGGAAAUGGCCCGUAAAUUUGCUGAGGCUAUACAAGUAUACAAUCAAGCCUCAAGAAGAAGUACGUUAACAUCUGACGUCAUUAAAAUAGCGAAGGUGCACGAAGAGCGUGAAAUUAACAUAUGUGAGGUGCACUCAUUAAUUGAUAUAAAGCAUCUCAAACCGAAGAGCUCGGUAACAGACAAGCAAUUUCGUCUAAUUAUCGAUUUUGUGGAUGGUAAGCUGCGCAGGGCAAUCAAACCAAUUUCGUUUGGCGUGGACAGUCAAGUACUAUCCGAAGAUUUCGCAGAGGUGUCAUCGAACCCUCCAUCCCGCGUCGUAAUACCUACCAGCGAAGCCAUGCAAUAAAGAACCACUACCAUCUACGUCGGGAAUUUUGAAAGCUAAGCUACCUAUAUUGUAGAAUUAUAUACGAACAAUUUUUCUUAUUUCUUCAAACUUGAUUUUUUGUAAAAAGAAUGUAACAAUUAUUCUUUUAAUUAUUUUUUA